CAUGACUCUAUGAGCUAGCUCGGGAGUGCCGUUACGAAGCAUCUCUCUUCCUCACUCUCAAGUCUUAACCAGAAGUGAUCAUCCAAAAUCAAUCCUAUUACCAUUUCCCUCUCACAGAACUCAACCAUGAAGAUAAUGGUGGCCAUAAAGCGCGUGGUCGACUACGCCGUCAAAAUCCGAGUCAAGUCCGACAAGAGCGGCGUGGAGACCCAGAACGUGAAGAUGUCGAUGAACCCAUUUUGCGAGAUUGCUUUGGAAGAGGCCCUUCGGAUCAAAGAAUCGGGCUUGGCCUCCGAGGUCGUGGCGGUCACCAUGGGCAUGAAACAGAGCGUCGAUACGUUAAGGACGGGUCUGGCUAUGGGCGCUGAUAGGGCUAUACACGUGGAGACUAGUGGGCAGUUAUACCCUUUAUCGGUUGCUAAGCUUUUGAGAGCUUUAGUGGAGCUUGAGAAGCCUGGUCUUCUCAUUCUGGGCAAACAGGCUAUUGAUGAUGAUUGCAAUCAAACUGGGCAAAUGGUGGCAGGGCUGUUGAACUGGCCUCAAGGCACUUUUGCUUCAAAGGUUGUGCUGGAUAAGGAGAAGCAGGUAGUGACAGUGGACAGAGAGGUAGAUGGUGGUCUUGAGACUCUCUGUCUAGAUUUACCAGCAGUGAUUACCACUGAUUUGAGGCUAAAUCAACCAAGGUAUGCAACACUCCCCAACAUAAUGAAAGCAAAAUCAAAGGUCAUAAAGAAGUUCACUCCACAGGAUCUGAAUGUGGAAAUCAAAUCCGACAUAGAAGAGGUUCAAGUCACAGAACCUCCCAAGAGAAAAGCAGGGGUUAUCGUUUCUUCCGUGGAUGAGCUGAUUGACAAGCUGAAAAACGAAGCCCGUGUCAUUUGAUUUUACUCUAGUUAUUUUGCUCAAAGGCUUUGCCCCGAUCAAGCUGAUCAAGGAUUUAAAAUUUCAAUUGCAACAGUCUCCAGUCUAAUAAUACAAGUAUCUUUUUCCCAUCAAAUUGACUUACUGAAACUGACUUUCCGUCAUUCCGUGUAGCAUACAUGGCUCCAGUCAUCCAAAAUUGACUAGUAAGUACCAAUUACUCUGAAGUGGUGGUGUUCUUGGAAGUAAAUAGAAGAAUGCUCACACAUUUUUGUUUAUGUA